AUGACAUUAUUCAGCAUUGACGUAGAAGUGCCAUCAAUUAUUGUAUCCUCUAGCACCAGUGGAAGACUAAUUAAUGAGUCGUCUACUUCUGACUAUAGAGUUGCUGUCUUUGGUGCUGGAGGGGUCGGUAAAAGUUCAAUUGUUUUAAGAUUUAUAAAAGGAAUUUUUAAUGAAUCAUAUAUUCCAACUAUUGAAGAUACCUAUCGACAAGUUAUUUCAUGUAAUCAAAAAAAUGUUUGUACAUUAGAAAUAACUGAUACUACAGGUAGUCAUCAAUUUCCGGCUAUGCAAAGAUUAUCAAUUACAAAAGGAAAUGCAUUUAUUCUUGUUUAUUCAAUUACAAGUAAGCAAAGUUUAGAAGAAUUAGGUCCAAUUAUAUUGAUGCUCAAAGAAACAAAAAAGGAAAAAGUCGCAGAAAUACCUAUUAUGUUAGUAGGAAAUAAGAAAGAUGAUCAAUCUAAAAGACAAGUUUCAACGGAAACAGGACAAAAAUUAGCUGAUAAAUGGGGAUGCGGCUUUAUUGAGACUAGUGCUAAAGAAAAUGAAAAUAUAAUUGAGCUGUUUCAAACAUUGCUGUCAAAAGAAAAAAAACGUCAGUUAUCUUUAAAUAUGGAUAAAGAAAGUGAUAGCAAAAAUAUAAAAAAAGGAUGUUUUAUUAUGUAA